AACUAACAAAGGCCUGAAAGGACGGCGGUUGCAGAUGCAAAGCGACGGCGAAGUUCACUUCCAAGUGUUCCCCGUUCCUUUGAAGUCAACAGAUGCAGCCCCACUGCCAGCCACACUCCUCAUCGCCAUAGCAGUCGUAGCAACCUCUGUGGUCAUUCUGGGAACUUUCUUUGGAUGCAGGUUCUUCUGGAAGAAGAGAAACGGAGGACCAACUGAUGGUGCAACAUCUGCAAUGUUCAGCAUCAACAACCCCAGCUCUGCCGAUGAAGGAAUAGUACCAACACAAGAACACUUCGGAGCAGUUUCUCACCCAGAACCCCCCAGACCAAGUUCAUGUCAUGACAGUGAAAACAGCCUUUAUGGCGCAAUCAUCCCCCGUUGAUUCAGCAGUCAGGAACAGAGGCAUGACGUCACUUGUGGGCAAAGUUGAACAUGUCUGAUUUGUGUAGUAUGCCCUGAUCCAUAAGCAAUUAUCGAACUGCGUCAGUUUUUUUAAAUCAAAGAAACCCUUUUGUAAAUGAAAGGUAUAUGCCUCUAUGAAAAUCUGUACCAUUUGAAAAAUUCACUAGAAUUUUUAUUUUUCAUUUUCUUUUAUUUUUAGAAAAUUUUUAAUCAGAUUGUUGAUAGAUGAUUUAUGAUUAACAAAUAACUAUAACUAAAUACCACUGGUUUGGUAAGAGGGACUCGAAAGGACUGCUUUCCUUACUGUGAUCAAAUUCGUGAUGAGACGCUGUUUCUUGGCUGUUGUCCUUCAUAAUUUGCUGAUUGAAAAUUAAAUUAUAUUGCCUGAAUUGAAGCUCUUGUUUAUUAACUUUAUUUACUUAAAGACUUAUAGAAGUUUGAAGGUACACUGAAGACUCCAGAAGGGCAUCAUCCCUGUUUAUCUGAUCUUAAAUCUCUGGGUCCUUCUUUUGAAUGUUUGUCUACAAAACGAAACUAGAGAAACAGCCAUUACUUUAUCAGUAAACUGAUUAAAGAACCCGGAUAGGGCGUGAAUCUGUUCACGCCAGUGGCCAGUGGUAGGAAAUCCUGCCCCAUAAAAUCUCUCGUUUUUGUCUAUUUUCAAAAUAAUGUUGAAAGUGAUCACCAUUAUAUAAUUCAAGAGGAUCCUUAGAGCAUUGCACUCAGCCAUAUUUAUGUGUAAAAGACAUGUAGUAAGAAGACUCACCUUUCUUUUACAAUAUGGUGAUUUACGGAUUCUAGCCUCUUCACUUACUAAAGUUUAAAAUGAUACUAGUCUCAUACUUGGAGUCAUACGAGAGUAUGGCUCAGUCAGCAACAAGAUUAGACAAGUUUGUUAAUAUCCUCUUUGCUAGUGAUACUCUAAACCUCCUAGUAUUUUUUUUAUAAACCUCCUUCAAUUUGUUAGCAGGAAUUCCUGCCACUGGGCAUUAAUGUGUUAAUUAAUAAAGUCUACAAUUUAUAUAUUCAUUUAGUCUCUAAAAAAUAAUUGAUGAAUAAAUAUGUGGCUGUAAAACUCACCUGAUAGAUCCUCUAACUUGCCGUCUGCUCAAAACACAUCAGGUAACACACUUGACCUUGCUGUCACUAGCCUGAAGUAGUAGUGAUAACAGCAGGUGUUUAGUUCUGAAACAGCUCUCUCCUCUUCCUCCUCCUUCUCCUCCCCCCACACCCCCUCCCUUCUUGUUUGUGUUUGUUUAUUUUCUCUGAGCCUUUGACCAAUUCCUUCCAAUUCUCCUCAUUUUAACAACUGAAUGAGUUGUGUAAUUCCAGUGCUUGGUAAUGUUUACGUAAUUUUUCCAGUUAUGCCUCAAAAAAAUCUUUCUUUUGAUAACAGGCCUCCUCCUACCUUAUCAAAGCCUUUAUACUUGUUGCCUUUGUGAAAUGUAUAGAAAGGUCAUACUGGACUUUAUUUCAUUAGACUCAGCUGUGAAAGUCCCAGACCAUCUCUCUCUCCCUGAAGGUAGUGGAGGAAGACAGUGUACAUAACUCUACCCAUAAUCAUCCAAGUUCAUUUAGCCUUGAAAGUCUUUCUCUUAUUUCAUAUCCUCAAGGUUAUUUUCCCUUCUUGCCAUAGACAUAUAGAAAAGGUGUCUCUUUUUACAUUUCAAAGUUUCAUGAAGACUUUCUUUCCAUCAUUCAGUUGAUAUCUUCCGAAACAAAAAAUUUUUUUAUAUUCUGAGAUUCAAAACAUAUUUCCAAUUCCAAAUUAUUCAUUGCCUCUCAUUUCAAAUAUGAUUUUAGAAGGUCAACAGUCAGACUCACUCACCUACUGACUCACUGACUGGCAACUGCAUUUCCAUCAUGAAAUAAUUUUGGUAAUGCACUUGUUAUCUUAACAGGUUGAUCAGACUUUCUGCAAGUUUUAGGACUUGAAGUUAGGUGAGUCUUGUCACUGACUGACUUUGCCCUUUUAUAGCAGUUAUCAUAAACUCCAUUUGUGGUUCUGUUGAAUUAAUCAUUGAAUUACUUUGCAUGACUUUCUUCUGCUGCAUUUUACAUGUUUUACGUGUUUGUAGAUGCAGAAUACGUAUACAUUAAGUAUUAUAAGUAGUAUGCA